AUGUCUUUGCUGCUGCGGGGGGUAACAGAUGCAGCACCAAGGGAUGCUCCUGUUGAUUUGCUGCGGCUGCAGCAGGUGCCGCUGUUGCAGCAGCUGCUGCACCAGGCGGGUGGUGAGGUUGCUGCAGCAGCAGCAGCAGCAGCAGCAGAAAUCAAGAUCUACUCACGAGGGUUCCCUGGCUGCCCGUGUGGCGUUGUAGGGUUUAAGGGACCGGGGGUAGCUAGGGGUGUGCUGCAGCCGUUGAAUAUGGUUGCUGCUGCUGCUGCUGCUGCUCCUGUUAAGCGUAUAAGAGGAGUUGCAUUUGCUGCUGGUGCUGCUGCUGCUGCUUUCCCUAGGAGAGCUGUUACUGCAGCAAGAAGCAUACUAAAUGAGCUGCUGCCUGAUGUAUGGGUGUAUGUAGAGAAUGCAACAGCAGCAGCACGAGGCAGCAGCAACAAAUUAGCAGCAACUGCUGCUGCUGCUGCUGCUGCUGGGUCACCAGACCAGCAUCAACACCAACUGCAGCAGCUGCUACAGCAGCAACGGCAGCAACUCAGCAACAGCAAACUUGCUGCUGUAGGUAUCGUUCUUGUUGCAGAGAAUAUAAAGGGGGGUUGUCGUGCUGCAGGAGAAGCACUGAUGUUAGAUCCUCCUGUUGCUGCAGCAGCAGCAGCAGGUGAUGCAGCAGCAGCAGCAGAUGCAGCAGCAGUAGCUUCUCGUGCUACAGGCAACACCAAACUGCAGCAUCUAUUGAAGGCAGAAGCUGCCCUUAAGGGAGCAGCAAACAAAGAAGCAGCAGCAGAAGGAGCAGCAGCAAAUAGCAGCCCUGAGGAGCAGCUAGGGAUUCGUGUUGCGCGGUUGCUGCUGCUGCAGCUGCUGCUAGGAGGUGCUGUACCCCCAAGGGGACAAAAGAUGGCGAUCUUAUUUGCUGCUCUUGCUGCUGAUUAUGCACCCUCUAAGGUGCUGCUAUCUCGCCUUACUCCCUCUACUGUUUGUUUUUUGCGGUUAGUGCGUGACUUUUUUGGUGUAGCGUUUACCUUUGAGCAGCAGCAGCAGGAGCAGAAGCCACCUGCACCACCGCAGCAGCAGCAGCAGCAGCAGGAGUCCGAUGACGAAGAGCAGCAAGAGGAGGAGGUCGAGCCUCUAGACCUCUCUUGGGCCCCACAAGUCUUACUUACUUGUGUUGGUGUUGCAUACAAGAAUAUGAAUCUUAGCAGCUUCUAG